UAUGAAUUUUGGAUAGUUUAUGAACUUUGGUCAUGAGUUGUCCAUCAUUCCAUCGAAGUCCUUCGAGGUGGUUUUGGUGGAUAGAAUCUAAUGCUGACCCUGUCGAAUGACAGUUUCAGCUGUUUUAGCUCUCAGGAAGACUAAAUUCACAACUCACGGCUACAUCGGUGCAAUAUCCACAGGCACAAUGAAAAGAGCAUUUUGUAAAAUUGUGACAGUUGUAGGAUUUCUAAAUGUCGCUAUAGUAGUGAUUUAUUUAAACAUUUACUAUCCAAAUGAGAAACGGAAAAGGAUUUUCACGAAGGAAGAGGGACUGGAAGGACAACUUAGAGUUAAUUCUUCGAGUUUCAAUGACAUUACGACCAUGUACCCACGACUCAAGAACGUUCGUUGGCAGUGCUCUCAGUUGACAUUUUCAUUCGCUCCUCAUGUCACGCAACCAACCCUGCACACCAACAGCACAAGUAUUUUCCUUUUGGUUUUAAUCACAUCUGGAGUUGACAAGUUGCAUUCAGAGCGACGAAACAGUAUACGUAAUACAUGGGGUGACAAGUCGAUCAAAAGUGGCCGGAGAAACUGGGAGCGCGUCUUUGUUAUAGGCAAAGCUCUCGACGCCGAACGCUCUGAAGAAAUUCGCCAAGAAGCGGCCUUUUUUGAAGACAUUCUUGUGCUGAACAUGACGGAUAGUUACAAAAAUUUAGUGAUUAAGAUUUUGUCUGAGAUGCUAUGGAGUUUGAUUCAUGUAAACCCACGCUUUAUCCUCAAAACAGAUGACGAUGUUUAUGUUCGUGUUCCUCGACUGCUAUCAUGGCUGGAUAAUUAUGCAAAUAAUAAUUAUGCAGGGGAUAAAUUAUACGGUGGUUUCGUUGGUGGUGACAAUGGUCCAGUAGUACGAGCAAAGGAAUCGAAACACUGCGUUGCUAGAGACUGCCUGGCUGAAGAUUUUUAUCCUUCUUACUGCAUAGGUGCGUCUUACAUUAUUUCCAGGGAUGUUCUUCCUUCUCUACUAGAAGCAGUAGAAAGAAGACCUGUGUUCCCUGUCGAAGAUGCCUACAUAGGUGUCUUAGCCAAAGAAAUUGGCCUUCAACCGGUGGAUAUACCCGGUUUUUAUUUCAGGAAAAAAUUGGCAGACUAUCAAAGGUGCGAUUUUGCUUCGGCAAUGGCUAUAGGGCAUAGUUUUAAAUUGUUGGAGUUUUUUUUUGUGGCAGAGAACAUGGAACAGACAAAACAACUUCCAGAAAGUUAUUUGAAAUGUUUCUUGAUGUAUGAAUGGGUGGGUUUUAUAUUUCUUUUAAUAUCCCUGAUUAUUUUGGUUUUUCUUGCGGUUGUUUUUUGUAAAAUUGUGAUCACACCUGAGAGGGUAAAUAGUGCUUUUUGCGCGCUCUGACUGGCUAGAUAGGGUGUGAUAAGCAAGUACUACAUAUCUACCUCCGAGCAGCCGAAGAGAUAAAAUCACGCGUCAACAAUUUAUUAAAUUUGAUACAAGGCGAUAAAACAGAUAGCUAAUGUUUGAGAAUAAAAGACGAAGGUGUGCUGGGAAAUACUAAAAAGUCAAUGUGUAACACAAUGAACGUUUUUGACGGUGAAGAGGCUAGUUAAUACAAAAACCUUCAUUAGGCAUCUUUGCUGUAAAUAUCCACGGCCAAGCGGUUUACACAUCCCAGUUACAGGUAGACGGUAGGAUCUGGGUCCAAGAUUAUAUUCAAGUAUAUGACAAAUUAAGGAUAUCUUUAAUUACGAAGUCAUAGAUUACUAUUAUACAACUGCACUAAGUAAGGUAAAAAUAAUGCGCGAAACGAGUGCAUUAUUUAGUUUUAGUCGGGGAGGGGGGGGGGAUAUUUGGUCACGUGAUGCGUUUUGACCAAUCGUGCACAAGCAAAAAUAAAUGUUUGAUUUUUAGCCACGAUAGU